GCAGGCGCCGGGAUGCGUCAUGCGUGUAGUGCGCCGCGUGCAAAGUUCCGGGUUUUGGAUGGGAUGCCGGUUGGAUUUGGGCGUGGAGUCCGUUGCUGUUACAUGCCCGUGCGUUGUCGUUGAUCUGCACUGGAUCAGGUGUUCGGCCGUGGGACUUCGGAGCACGAAUUCUUCACGCCUUUCGGGUGGCAGAAUCUCGCGACGUGGCGGAAUUGCGUGUUUCGGCAUGACAUUUCGGAGCUCGGGAAUAUGUCUUUGGAUGAGUUUGGGGAAGACACUCUUCUGCUUUCUUUAUUCCAUCAGGAGAGUUUUGGGCUUCUGCGAAUUUGCAGAAUUUUGGAAUGUUUAAUUCCUUUGGACGGAUAAGAAAAAUGGCAGCCUUUUGGUGACAAUGGCAAAUUAGUGGCGUCAAGUGCUGUUUUUACCAGAGCUGAUUUAGUUCUGUUGGGCAUUGCUAUUUCCUAAUGCUUUAGGUCUGCAGUUCCUAGUUUAUAUGAUUUUGCUAACCUCGUUACUCGUUGUUGUCUUAGCUUUCUGCCCUUCGUGCAUAUAGUUGUGGCAUUAGGUUUGGUUAUGUGCUAGUUCUGUGCGGUUCUAGUCAUCUUCUGGUUAGCUUUUGAUACUUUUCUUGGAAAAUAACAAACCUUGUGCUGCGAAAAGGUGAUCUUUGGGAUAUUGCUUCAGGAGGUUAUCUCACUUUGCCUGUGUCAAAGGCAGCUCUGACCAUGUCAAGGCUAAAGUGUGCGCUACGGGGAUUUGAUCUCAGGGCACUUAUGGCUCUCUUGAUUGGUGUGCCAAUGCUGAUCUUAAUGAUAUAUGCUCAUGGUCAGAAGGUCACAUACUUCCUCCGGCCGAUCUGGGAAUCUCCUCCCAAGCCUUUCAAGACAAUCCCUCACUACUACCAUGAAAAUGUCACCAUGGAGAAUCUCUGCAAGCUACAUGGGUGGAAAGUUCGGGAUACCCCUCGCCGUGUAUUUGACGCUGUACUCUUCAGCAAUGAGCUUGAUAUCCUUGAGAUCCGCUGGAAUGAGCUUAGUCCCUAUGUGUCAGAGUUUGUGCUUCUUGAAUCCAACUCAACAUUCACUGGCAUGAAAAAGCCCCUCCACUUCAAGGAAAAUCGUCAUCGAUUUGGGUUUGCUGAAUCACGGCUGACAUAUGGUAUGAUUGGGGGUAGGUUCGUGAAGGGGGAGAACCCAUUUGUUGAGGAGUCAUAUCAGAGGGUUGCCCUGGACCAGCUUAUUAAGAUUGCGAAAAUAGAAGAUGAUGACCUGCUGAUCAUGUCGGAUGUUGAUGAAAUCCCAAGCGGUCACACAAUAGACCUCUUGAGGUGGUGCGAUGACAUUCCAGAUAUACUUCAUCUUCAGCUCAGGAAUUAUCUUUACUCCUUCGAAUUUUUCCUGGAUGACAGGAGCUGGAGGGCAUCAAUACACAGGUACCGAUCUGGAAAGACGAGGUAUGCACACUUCCGGCAGACAGAUGAGCUUCUUGCUGAUUCAGGGUGGCAUUGCAGCUUUUGCUUCCGCUACAUAAGCGAUUUUGCUUUCAAAAUGCAAGCUUAUAGUCAUGUUGACCGGAUCAGGUUCAAGUACUUCCUGAACCCUGAUAGGAUUCAAGAUGUCAUCUGCAGAGGGGCAGAUCUUUUUGACAUGCUUCCAGAAGAGUACACAUUCCAGGAAAUCAUUGCUAAGUUGGGGCCGAUCCCAAGCACAUAUUCUGCUGUUCAUCUUCCUAGUUAUCUGCUGAAGAAUGUCGAGCGCUUUAGAUAUCUUCUACCGGGCAACUGCAGAAGAGAAAGUGGCUGAUUUUAUGGCUUACCCUGCAAUCUGCUGUGUAUGGGUGCCACGGCACAUCUGUUGUCUUCGUCGAGGCCCGGAUGGCUGUGGCAGUUGCAUCUGGUAUGAUUGGCUAACAUGUGGUUGGCUAACAUAGCCGGACAAUUGCUUGGGGGAAGUUGUCUGUGGAUGAGAGGAAGCCGCUGACUUUGAGCUCUGUAAUCGGACAUGGGAAGAGGAUCUAACAGCAUAUGACAGCAUAGCGCAUGCUUGGCCCUGGCUGGCUGUGCCUUCCGGAUGAGGUGAACUGAGUGUGUGAAUACAACCAGGUGUCGUUGUCAUCCAUUACUUCCCUGAUUGAUAUAUAAACUCAAAAGGGCUGUUGUAGAUUGCAAAACCAAUUGAUAUUCCAGAACUACAUGUUGUAGAAAACUGGUCUUACUCUGCAUACAAUUUACAUGCGUGUCUAGUCCUAUUCUCC